UUGCUGCCCCUUAUGCCUUUGGCAGAAUUAGAGGGACGCAUUACCAACGGUGAAUUGGCACAGCCUGGACAAUUCCCCUAUCAAGUCGGCUUGAGUUUGGAUUUCGGUGACAUGGGUUUCUGGUGUGGUGGUACCCUGAUUUCGGAUCGUUGGAUUUUAACCGCUGCCCAUUGUACCGAUGGUGCUGAUGGUGUCACCGUUUAUUUGGGCGCCAUUGAUGUCCGCAAUGACAAUGAAAAGGGCCAGCAACGCAUCUACGUCUCCAAGAGAAAUAUUGUGGUACACGAAGCAUGGAAUCCCGACCUCUUGAGGAAUGACAUCUCCUUGAUCAAAAUGCCUGUGUCCAUUGAAUUCAAUGAACGCAUCCAACCUGCUGUUUUGCCCAAAAUGAAUGGUCAAUAUUCCACAUAUGAAGGUGAUAUGGUUUGGGCUUCUGGCUGGGGUCGUGACAGUGAUGCGGCCACUAGCAUUUCUCCACUUUUGCGUUACAUUGAAGUUCCUGUUAUGAAGCAAAGCACCUGCAAAACCUACUAUUUGGGUUCCAUUAACGAGAAUAUGAUCUGCAUCAGCACCAAGGGCAAAAAGUCAACCUGCAAUGGUGACUCUGGCGGUCCAUUGGUAUACAAGCAGAAUGGUGAGAACAUCGUGAUUGGUGCUACUUCGUUUGGUAUCGCCUUGGGUUGUGAAAAGGGCUGGCCAGGUGUAUUCACUCGUGUCACCUCCUACUUGGAUUGGAUUGAAGAGAAAUCGGGUAUUGCUAAUAAGUGAAUGGAUUUUGAAUG